AGCCAAUGACAAAUCGAUAUGUUCGAAAUUUUCACGCGAAAGCUUUUGACUAUUUCUCUUUCAGCAGUUAAUAGUGAAAUCUCGUGUCUGAUGUGUCUCGAAUAGAAGAGGGGCGGGGAAAAAUAGAAAACAACUGUAGUAUAAAUUUUGAGCAAGACUUUGUAUCAUCAACAUCAAAUCGAUUAAAAAAUUUGGAGAAAAUGAAAACGGUUUGGAUAAUUGGUGGACCUGGUUGCGGCAAGGGAACGCAGUGCGAGCGCAUCAUUGCGAAAUAUGGAUUCUAUCACAUAAGCAGUGGUGAUUUGUUAAGAGAAGAGGUUGCCAGUGGCAGCCCCAGAGGAGCCUCACUUCAGGAACUUAUGUCCAAAGGUUUAUUCGUCCCAACGGAUAUAGUACUGGACCUGAUAAGAGAACGGAUGCAAAAGGCGAAAUGUGAAGGAGCCACAAAGACUGGAUUCCUUAUCGACGGCUAUCCUCGUGAAUUAGAUCAGGGAAUUCUAUUUGAGAAGAACGUUUGCCCCGUUGACUUAAUCAUCUUCUUCGAUGUCGCAAAUGAAACCUUGAUGAAGAGACUGCUGGGUCGUGCAGCUGUGUCCAAGAGAGCAGACGAUAACGAGGAAACAAUUAAAAAGAGGAUUGAAAUAUUUAAUAUUAAAAAUGGUGAAAUUGUUGAACACUACAAAGACAAAGUAGUUAGGAUCAAUGCUGAAGGAUCUGUGGACGCCAUAUUCCUUGAAGCUUCAAAAGCUCUAGAUGGUUUAUUAGCUUAGAAAAUUUUGUUAACAGAAUCAUAAGCUUUUGUUUAAAAACCGCCUAAUUGCACAAUCUUUCCGUGAUUCUACUAUCGACCUUGAAACACACAAUUUAUUUUACAGUUGAUUUUUUUAUGAGAUUGACACCUAUUGACACAACUAUGGCACAAAUUAGAAUAUGUAUUGCAAAUCUGAAGUACCUGCCGACACAAAGCAAUAUGUACAUUAGAAAUUUAAUAUGAUGAUCGAUGGUCGUUAUUGUUUCAACUGGCAAUUAAAAUUGAUAUAUUUUAUGAA